UAAGCUUCCAAGAGAUCAAAGAUAUCAUGUAUGAAGCCUGAAUGCUAGAGCAUUCCAUGUAUUCGGAUCCUUUCGAAAAGAUUCUGAAACAAGAAUAUGGAGUUACAGACUUUACUAAAAUUCCUUUAGAAACUGUAUAUAAAGCUUUAGAAUAUUGCCCUCCUAUUGGAAAGAUUGCUACCUUUCCGCUAGCUAUGAACCGAAUUUCUGGAAGCUGAAAUAUCCAGCUGAUAAAAGCAUCGAUACAAAUUAUUAAUUAAGGGUUUGAUGAAUAGAAUGCAAAUAAGGGAAUCCAUUAAAUCAUAUUUGUAUACUACCAGGAUCAUAGACAAAGACUGGAUCCCACUUGACCCAGAUGUUAUUGAUGAUUCACUCAGAAUUAUGGGCAAAUCAAUGAGCAAGAAAUCUAUCUUGAAAUGGAUAAAACAGUACUUCCAGGAUAAAGAACUUAAUAAAAUUGAAGAAGAACCUCUUCUUACUGGGUAUAAAUAUACAGAUGAUUGAAUCAAGGAUCGACCUCAAAAGCCUAAAGAUGGACUCCAUCCACAUGAAUUUCUAUUUUUAGCAGCUCAUUCAGAGGAUAGAAUUCAAAAAUUAAAGGAGUCUCCUUCGAGUUUAAAAAUGUUAAGGCCAGGUAAACUUUUCUCAAAGCUGGAUUUAGUUUUUAAACCAUAUUUAAUUUUCCGUUUAAAGAUAUCCAAAACAAAGGAGUGAAAAUAUUCCUUAUCCCAAAAUAUCACAGAACCAAAGAAACUUACAAUCCAGUGUAUCAUAUGAAGCAAAUGGACAACAAGUCUUGCAAGGAUUUUAUUUAUCAAGGAGGAUAUGAUUCCAACCCUAAUUUCAAAGAAAGUUAUACUGAAUAUUCACCCUCAACUCCAAUAAGAAAUAAGAGAGAAUCGAGUCUGCAUACCGUUAAAAGUGAAAAGAAAAAGAUAGCUUCACUUAAAUUGAAAAUUUCAGUUAUCAAAAACAGUCUGGAUAAGACAUACAAGUUUCUCAGAGAACCCCGAACUCAGAAAGCAAGAAUAAUUAAAAACAAAAUUCUUGGAGAAAUAAAGAGAGAUUCUUCCAAAAGAGUAAACAGGAUAACUAGAGUGCAAUCUCGAAGGAAAUCAGUGCCCAACAAGAAUAUGAUAAACUCGAAAAGAAAGACUAAAUUAAACACUUUUAUGCAGACCUAGCACUCAUCCGGUGAAAUUGAACAACAAAUUUAAGCAGAGCAAGAAUUUGGAUAGGUUUGUUUAGAAAUUCGAGUAUUCAAAGAUCUGCUCACCAAUCUUCAACACUGUCCAAUCUUCAAGGAAAUAGCACUAUAGAUAUCAAUAAAGCAGUAAAAGUUCCUUACGCCUAUAAUUCUAUUAAAGAUAAAAUUAAAGUAAAGGAUGAGAAGUUAAGAAAAAUGAAGAUCAACCCCAAAGUUUCAACAUUCAAUUCAGAAACAGCAACAAUGAUUACAUCUGUGACAAAAAAUAGACCAAAAACAGCUUUAUAUCAGGCUCAAAAGUCACAAGAAAGAGCGGGUUUAAAUCAUUUAGACUCCAGAAGUUCAAAGAAAAGAAGAACCCAACAACUAUUUUCACCAAAGAAACCUUACACAAAAGAUGAAAUCAGAAUUUUCUAUGGAACUCAGUC